GAGGGGCUGCACAACCUUUACCUCGACCUUCUCGACCUCUGCCUUGGCGAUUUAGGCGACAACUACAGUACACUCAAAAAAGACGAAUCAGAAAUAGGCAGCAGGUUUUUUACGUCUGCUUAGUGAUAAUUUACCGCUUUUUACAUCAUCAUGUCGGAUCCUCAAGCACGGUUACAGGCGCUGUCUGAGGACUUCCAGAAGCUUCAAGGCGAACUUCAGAACGCUGUGGCGUCGCGACAGAAGUUGGAGGGUCAGAAGCAGGAGAAUGUUGGUGUGCAGCAGGAAUUUGAGCGACUACAAGAGGGAGAGACAAUCUACAAGCUUGCUGGGCCAGUGUUGCUGAAGCAAGACAAGUUUGAGGCUGAGAACACAGUCAAGGGUCGUCUGGACUUUAUCAGUGGUGAAAUUACACGACUAGAAGACACAAUCAAGGAGACACAAGAAAAGCUGGAGAAGAAAAAGACAGAGAUCAUUCAGAUUCAGACCGCAGCUCAAAGCCAGGGCAAGGAAGCACCUCAGUAAUGACGAGAGAGAUGAAAGAAAAAUAGACCAUGAGUUGAGUUAUAUUCUACAGUACGCGGAUUAUGAUAAUGCAAAUACCUGGCACUUUAUGAGCGCCGCGCUAAUCGGAGAGUCCUUUCAAAAAACGCCAGUCGUCAAGUUGAAGUUCGUGAUGUGGUUUAGUUGAUCGCCAUGAUGCUGAAUCCCCAGGGAACGCCCAUGUUCUUGUGCUCUUGAGCUGCGCUGGGGGAGAACAUAAAGUCUUGCUUGUCAUCUGCAGCAACGGGCUGAGGUGUCGCUGCGUCUUCGUCUGCGUCAAUAGCAGAGAGAAUAGCUUCAGCAAUGUCGCUCUUCCGAGUACAAUUCUCAAAAACAGCAUCGCCUUCAAUGAGACUCUGCAUCAAUGCGCGCUGAUCACUCUCCGUGAAGAGCUGUGCCUCACGGUUCAAAACGCCAUAAGUGACCUUCUCGCCAGUCUGAGCUAAGCGCUGGAAGAUUACUGUGAAUGCGGCAAUGGCCUGUGCGAGAAUACGGGCUUUUUGCUUGGAGCUCAGAUGGGCAAAGAUCUCGGAGUCUUCUUCGAGGGCGGACUGGGUGUUGGUGUCGAAGAUGAAUUGGAGAAUGCGGUGCAGGAUGUUACGGCAGGUUAGGUCGAGAUCAGCGCUGACGUCGAGCUCGAAGACUGAGGAGAUGUUGCGAAGUAUGCUGGAGAGGGCGUCGAGAGGGCAGAGGUCGUCGGGGAGGGUGACGUGCCCUUGGUCAAUUGCGAAGAUGUCAAUUGCGGCGUUGACAGCAGCUGGGGAUGUUAGUUGAGGUUUUGAGAGGUAGUGAGGGUGGUUUACUUCUGCGGGUGGUGCCGAUGUCGAUCCCGACGCUUGAGACGAUGGAGUUGUUCUUGAUGGCUUCCAUUUUGAAGAUGUAAGUGAGCGAUAUGAUAUGAGAGGUAUAAGAGAUAUGAUGAGCUUGAAUUGAGAUAUGAUGCUAGACUUUAUAACCAUCCAAGACCUGGGGGAUACGCCGGUUUUUGAACUCGUCGGCCCCUUACAAAAAUUCUUCCCAGGAGAUGCCCAACUCGAUGAGGAUACGGCAUAUUAUCCUGGCAGCCUCAAUAACAAAGGCCCUCAUGGCCACACCGUGGUCAAUGCCCCCCUUACCUGAGGUGUCAUGGGCGUGGAUAGAUGGGCCGAUAACCGUCCUUCACCGUGGGGUUUAUUUGGCCGACACGACAUGGUGGCGGCAUGAUCAUGAUGAAGCUGAGAUAUGAUGCGAAGUUUGGGGGUUAACCAAGAGAUAGCUUUCUCUUGGCAGAUAUAUCACAUUCUAUACUUCAUGAUGAGAUCUUGCCUGAUCAAGCACUCUGUAAACAUGAGCAUCUUCUUCCGUCGUCUGUCUUG